AUCAGGAGUUCUAUGAAGAAUGAUUUACACAGAGUACAGCACACUGGGUUGUCAGAAUUUGUGUCCUCCAUAUGCAUUUCUGGUCUGAAAACUCCCCCUGCGUCAAGCCCAUCCUCUGUGUUGAGCCCUCCAGGACUACAGGCCAAGUCAUACCCUCUAUGGCAGGAGCUACCGCAAGUAAAGCGUCAUCUGAACUCUCUGAGUGUGCAUGAGAUCCAGCUUCAAGAGGCCAUGUUUGAGCUGAUUGUGUCCGAGGCCUCGUAUCAGAAGAGUCUGAUCGUAGCACUGAAUGUGUUUCAGUGCUCCGCAGAACUCAAAGGGAUCCUGCCCCGUGUGCAGCACCAUGUUCUGUUCUCCAACCUAAAGGAUGUCUGCAGAGUCAGUGAACGAUUUCUGCAGGACAUGGAGUCCCAUCUUGGGCAGUAUGUGGUAAUGUCCCAGGUUGGUGAUAUUGUUUUGAAUCAACGGCAAUGUUUCCAAAAAGUCUACGUGCCAUAUAUUACCAACAUGAUGUACCAGGAGGCUCUUGUCGCUCAACUGACGUUUGUUCUGUUUUCAUGCAUCUUCCAUAUUGAACAUAAUUAA